CAAAACCGUGAGGGAAUGGUAAGCCCAGAGCGGACAAUAUCAUGCUACAGCGGAGUCGAGUCUGGGAUGUGACAAACGAUAUAUCUUAUUGUGCUUCAAGGUUAGGAUUUUUUUUGUAUAUCCAAACUAGAUUAUAGUAGUGGAAUGUAGCUUUUUUAUUAAUUGUUUUUGUAGAUGUCGAACUUAAUAUCAAAUUGGUAGGCAGCUAGUACAGGUAGUCAGACACCUUCUCCAGAAGGUAAUGCUACUGCCACUUCUACACCUGAUAUGGGCACGACAGGUGCCCCUCCGGUCACACCUUUGGGGCCAACGAUGUUUACGGCUCCUGCGUCAUUGACUUCUUUGGUGACAUAUCCUAUCCUAAGUGAUAGACGGACUCAUCGACGGCCCCAAAGUUCUGAGGAGGCUCAGCCGUUUGGUAAGGCUUCCUCUAUCCAUGGAGAGAGGUCCCAGAUAGGUAAGCUUACUCUGUCCAUUGAUAAUCUUGCUUUUGGUUUCAUGAUGGUCAAACCAACAUUGACAUUAGUCUGUAGACAUGCUCGAACCUUCGAAACUGUCACAGUCCCAUUAAUUAGAAAGAACUUACUAAGAACUUCGAUUUGCGUGCUUUGCCUAUAUUGUUGUCAGUUAGUGAAACCACUACUAUAAACGAUUUAAGUUGCCACACCUGGCCUUGCAAGCCAAAACUUGUUGCAGACUCGCAGUGUAAAGUCAUAUCAACAAGUUGUAAAUUUUGUUUUAACGUCCCCAACUGGUAUAAACUGUUUGAAUUGUUGGGUGGAUGUGUUGUUUUUGUUGUUAUAUUGUCUGCAGGUUUUAGGAAAUGUUAUAGUUUUAAGGGAGGUUCUACCGAAUUUUCAGUAGAAAAUAGAAUUCGUCUAAUGUUUACUUUGUUUAUUUGGUAGAUCAAAAAAAUAACCAAAGACCCUUAUAGACCACUCGCACCACAACCGAGAAGAUUACCAUUACAUGGGAUCCUCGACAUCAUGCGGCUGCAACAAAGGAGCAACACAGUGCGUUGGCCACCGACGUUGGGUCGGUUAUCAGGAACCAUUGCCCCCUCAUGUGGGAGUCAUGGAGAGCUAUCCCACAAGAAGUCAAAGACGCCGUUCUUUAUGAAUUAUCGUACAUCAACGACCUUUGCUCCAGUAGGCUUACUCAAUGGAAGAGUGACCUCCACAAGCAUUAUGAGCUACAUGAUGGUUCGGAUGUCGCUUUAGAAGUUAGGUGCCCUAUAGAGUUGGUGGGCCGUUGGGAUGAAUGGGAGUGGCUCUGCGGCCAUUUUCAAGACAAGAAAUACUUCAAAAAAGUGAAGGCAAACUCGAUCAAUCGGUCGAAGAAGAAACUUCUUCACCAAUUCGGCUCACGACGCUUCCCUUAUAGGUUGGAGGAGCGACGUAAGGGGGGUCAAAGUUUCUGGAAAUUGACAUGUUCAAGGAGGUGUAAGUUCAGCCCAGGGAUGAGAUGACAGAGCAGCUUCAUUCCACCAUGGUGGAGAAGGGCUACACCGUUAUGGAGGAGGUGGCUUCCCAGCUUCCUGUAGAAACCCUGAUUGAGGAGGUGCUUCCCCCUGAGGAUGCUGGUUUUCAGAUCAUGACAAACACACUUGAUCAGACCCUCGAUCAUCGGACUAGGAAUGUUCACCAGGGGCUUGUGAAAGCUCGCUUUCGGGACCUAUCUGCCUUAUCCUCCAGGCAAAGAACAGAAGCGGUCGAAACAUUGACAUCUAAAGUGGCGGACCUGAAGCAGCAGAUUGCUACCCAGUAGGCUCAAAUUGAGGCCCAAAACAAUUUGAUACACCAAAUUCGUCACACACUUCAAAUUUCUGGCAUUCACUUCCCCAACGUUGAACCACUUCUAGAAACGACUUCCCAACCCUCCCUGCCGCCGCAGCAGCUACAACCUCCCAGCCCCGAUGCGACAACAACACCACCAGCCAGUGAUUGUGAUGUCGAGGACUACCUAUUUUAGUUUUGUUUUAAAUUGUUUUCAAAUUUAAAAAAAUACUUUUUUCCA